UUGGAUCUCCAUGUCAUGUGAUUCAUAACGUGCUUUCGAAAGCAUUAAAUAAGUAUGGCGCUGUUGAGCGCCACGUUGUUUACGCUUGCUCUUUUUAAUGUGGCAAAUUUGACUCCUUUGAAUUUACCUGAAGAUGAAUAUCGGUUCAAAGAAUGGAUGUUACAGUACAAUAGAGCCUAUGACUUAGAAGACUAUUCCCAUCGGCUGCAGAUAUUCACCGAAAAUAAGCGAAAAAUCGACCGUCAUAAUGCACUGAAGAACUCUUUUAAAAUGGGAUUGAAUCAGUUCUCUGACAUGACCUUUUAUGAAUUCAGGAAGACCUUUCUUUUGACAGAGCCUCAGAACUGCUCAGCCACGAAAGGGAGUCAUAUCAGUGGCAAUGGGCCUUACCCAGACUUUGUGGACUGGAGAGCAAGGGGAAACUUUGUGACCCCUGUAAAGAGCCAAGGUCACUGUGGAAGUUGCUGGACCUUCUCCACCACAGGAUGCUUGGAGUCUGUGACAGCUAUUGCCACUGGAAAACUUCCACUUCUGUCGGAGCAGCAGCUGAUUGAUUGUGCCCAAGACUUCAACAACCAUGGAUGCCUGGGUGGACUCCCGAGUCAGGCAUUUGAGUACAUUAAAUACAGCAAUGGACUUAUGACUGAAGAUGACUAUCCCUACGUAGGGCAUGACAAGCUUUGCAAUUUCAAGCCCGAGUUGGCAGCUGCUUUUGUGAAAGACGUUGUCAACAUAACAAGUUAUGAUGAAAAAGGCAUGGUCGAUGCUGUGGCCACACUCAAUCCGGUCAGCUUUGGCUAUGAAGUUACGUCUGACUUUAUCCACUACAAGGAGGGCGUUUACAGCAGUACUAAGUGUAAGAACACUACAGACACGGUGAACCAUGCAGUGCUGGCUGUGGGAUACGGUGAGGAAGAUGGCACCCCAUACUGGAUCGUGAAAAACUCAUGGGGAUCAACCUGGGGAAUGGAUGGAUAUUUUAAAAUUGAACGUGGGAAGAACAUGUGUGGACUGGCAGCUUGCUCCUCUUAUCCAGUGCCCUUGGUGUGAUCAGUGAUGAAGAAAGUGUUUUGUCUGUCUCUUCAUAACCGGAGUGACUAAGUUCAGUUGAGUUCUGGAUUUUAAUAAGUAUUUAUCAAUCUGCAGAUUGGGAGAGAAAACCAGACCUCUGACCAUAAAUGACACCAGACUUAAGUCUCAAUCAUGUCUCUCUCUGCUCUGAAGGCCGGAGGACCAUCUUUUAUAGGGCACAAGAAUGUAAACACAGAUAGUGACAGUCAGGAAGUUAUGACGUUACAUCAGUCUCAGAGAAAGAUUCACAGCUCCCAACACAUGACAACUCUCAGACUAGAGAGAUCAUAGUUGGAGCCCUCCUUGUCAAGGGACGUUUACCCAGUACUUUCUCCUGACCCCGAACAUCUAUUAACCCUGACACAUAGACACAAUCUACUCUUAUUAAUAGCAAGCUCACAUGAGAACAUACUAACUAGUAUCCAAUGACUAGUUCUAUUGAUUAGUGAAUAAUGUAAUCACACAGGAAAUCCCAAUUUCUUCCACAUCAGUAUCUCAAAGAACAUAGUGUGCUGAACUCAGGAAAGAUCUGUCCAAUAAGAUACACACUGAGUGAAAAAUACAUAUGGUACAGUAGGGCCUACAUAAUUGUAACUGCAACUUUUCUUAGACUUUGUUAAAGGUAUAAUGUAAGAUAUUUUCUGUAAAAUAAACGUUUUAUCCCUUAUAAA